AUGAGACAGUCUUCAGUUCCAAUUUCAGUUCCAGAACGAGAUAUGCUUGCCAUAGGCACAGAUAUUGACGGAGGCGACCGUGCAUUAGCUGAACGGCGUGCCAAGAGGGGGGAAUGUGAAAGUUGCGGGAUGCAAACCCACAAAAUUAGUGUCUUUGGCAAAAAGACUCCACUUAAUAAAGAAGGGAAGGUGCUGAAAGGGCGUUGCUUGAAAUGCCACCAGGUAAAAGGAAGCGACCACAGACCGUCGACUCAACCACAGCUAUCUAGUCAACCUAGACCAGGUAGAAAUACCAGCUUUGGGGCGUAUCCACCACGAACACAACCCUCUACGAGGCAGCUUUCAAGUCGUUUCCCCCCGCAGCAACACCAAGGACUAGAACGAAGGCAAUUGUCAACGCCAGUAAUCUCAACCGAACACGAUUUGUCCUCUGCACCAGUAGCACAACAGCCGAAUGCGACCCGGAAUGACAUGCCAUCUAGACAACAGCUUUCACCACGGAGAACGCAAGAAAACUCACAGCCUGAACGAUCUUUUGAGGUUCCAAGCCAUUUGGAAUUUGACGAUGGUGCUUCUGUCGUAUCUGGAAUCACGUUGGAUGCAACCCUUUUUCGGGCAGCACGUGAUGGCACAUCGUCAGCUGCAUUUCAGUAUGACUCCGAAGAAGAGGACGCAAAAAUGCCACUCACUAGACGACGUCCAGGUCCGGAGCCUAGCAUGACGAGCAACAACGAUCGGCAAGCGGAUCAAAGGCCAAACAAAGACCUAGCGCUCGUUGGUUUGGACAGUAACAUCGCGAACUCGAACCUGAAACCACCGCCUGCACCAUACGCAGUCGAAAUGGGCACUUCGAAGCUGUGUAACUUGGCACCCAAGGAGUACUACGGAGAAAGACCCACGAUGGGGUCACCAAGACCCGUGGAUUCGAAGCCUUUGGCGGUUCCAGCAAGGAAGAGAUCCAUGGUCAAACACAUCAGCAGCAGUGAAGAGCAUCUUUUUACUGAGUCUAUUAGAGUGGAACCCUCGAAAAUGAAUUCCACACCACGAGGGUGUCCCGACGAUGGCAUGAUUGAUGAUCCCAUGAGUACGAUGGUGGGAAAUGUUGGUCUGAAAUCUGCAAAUCUCAGAGGUCGACCAGAUGACGAUAUGAUUGAUGACCCAAUGGGUGAUGUUGCUGCUAUGUCGUCAACUGAUGGUCCAGAUUUGGGCGUGACGAACGCUGCAGUUGGAACUCCUUCCAAGGAUCGUGUCAACAAUAUGAUGCAAAGGCUCCUCAAGGUAGAAAAAAUGAAUCAGCAGCAGAGCCGAAAAGGAAAAAAACAGAAGGAUAAGACACUUCAAGAGAUACCUGUUAUUAUUGAAUGUAUCAACUCAAAUGAUGGCGACAGCAACAUUCGAGAGAGGGCUUUUAUUGCUCUGGCCGAGAUUCUUUGGCGUAGUGGGGACAAAGCCAGAGAUUAUAUCAUACAGCACAAAGGAAUCGACGCAUUGGUAAACGCAAUGUGGGAAGAUAUGGCCAUUGUUAGGGUUCAAGAUGCAGCUUUGGAGUUUCUUUUCUCCUUGGCUGCUUCCUCUGAUGGUAGAGCGUCCAGUGAUUUGCUUACGAAUCAGGAGUCUAUUUGCGAUUCCCUGUUGUUUGCAAUGCAAUCGCAUAUCACUGUUCCAAGCAUUCAACUAAAAGGUUGCAGCAUUCUUGCUUGCCUCUCCUCGGCUUCUUCGAACAAUAAAAAAAUCAGUGAUGGUUCGCUCUCAGGUGCUCAGCUGAUUGUUUUGAAUGCACUUUGCCACCAUAUCGACUCUGCAGAUAUCCAAAGAAUUGGUAUUCAAGCUCUAUAUUUCCAGUGUUCCCUUUCGGAAAACGCAGAGAGCAAUAAACGGAGCUUGAUCCAAAGCACGCUUGACAACGGCCGCCCAGGUGUUGACGUUGUUGUUGACGCCAUGAUGCAGCUUUGUGAUGAUAUAGUUAGCACGGAGUUUGCAUGCAAAAUGUGGUGGUGUUUAACAUCAAGCGAGGAUCUAGUAAAAUCUACAUCAGUCAUUCCAGGUGUGGUAAAACAGAUUCGAAUUGCGUGCCAGAGGCACAUCGAAAACAACAAAGCGCUUGCGCUCGUAGAAGCAUCUUUUGGAGUGUUUGGAAACCUUGCACACAUUGAGACUAUGCGCAUUGAACUUCAGCACCAAGGUGUUGUUCAAAUUUUGAUCGAUGGCAUGCAUUUCCACCGUAAUGAUUUUGGCGUCAACAUUGAAGCAUGUUCUGCACUGGCAAAUUUGUCCCUCUUUGAUUGUGGUCGCGAGGAUGUUGUGAGAGAGGGGGGGGUUCGUGCCAUAGUCGAUGCCAUGCAACUCUUCAUCGAAUCUCCCGAAUUCGUUGGAGAGGCCGUCAGAGCUUUGGUUUGUUUGUCCAUCCAAUCGGAUGACGCGAAGCAGCAAAUGAUGUCCUCUGAAGUCAUACACUGCUUAGUUCAAGCGUCAUACAAGCACAACAGCAAUUCACAGGUACAAGAGAUGACAGUGGCGCUCAUUGCUUCACUCACUGUGGAUGCUCAAGGUACAGAAAUUGUGCUUGAACACGGAGGGAUUAGCCUAUUGACUCGAACACUGGAAUCUGUGUCUGGACUACGAAUCUUGGAUUUGGCAACUUUGGCUUGCCGCAAUAUUUCUUGUCAAUCAGUCCACCCAGAAACGUUGACUCAGCCUGGGAUUGUUACUAGAGUAGUUGAUGCGAUGCAACUGCACAAAAAGGAAGCGUCGAUUCAAAGCAAUUCAUGCUGCUUGCUGUUGAAUAUAAUCUCCGAGUCUGCUGAUUCGCCGGGUACAAUCAUUGGACGCGAUGGUGUUACGUACUUGGUAAAGGCCAUGCAAGAGAACAUGGAGUCUGGUGAAUUGCUCGAGUUAGCAUGCGGGGUACUCUGGGGUCUAGUUAAUAACUCGGAUGAUCGACGAAGACUUCUUGUAGGAAGUGGGGCCAUUGAUGUCGUCGCGUGUUCCUUGGUGAUGCAUCCAAAUCGAACGUCGACUCUGGAGCAAGCGUGUGGGGUGUUAGCGAAUGCAAGCCUUGAACCAUCACUCGCAGAAGCAGCCACGGACGCGCAGGCAGUAAGUAACACAGCCGAGGCCAUGCGAAUCAACAGCUCAACGUUAUCGCUACUGGAAAUUGGGUGCAUCACUUUAAGAAAUAUCGUUCUGAAGCUUCCUCGGUUUGCCGAAGAAGCAUCCGCAGCUGUGUCGGUUGUCAUAAAUGCUAUGAGAGACAACAUGGAAGAGGAAAAUUUCCUGCGAGAAGCAUGCAAUCUGCUUUGGGUUCUAGCUGCGAACUCGGAUGAUUGUCAGUCCAAGAUUUCCGCUUUGGACGGGAUUCCUGUCUUGAUGUCAUGCUUGGAGCGAAGUCGCAAGGAUUCUGACGUCCACUGUGCUGCUUUGGGUGCAUUCAAUCUGUGCACUGCUGAGGAUAACAGUUAG